AAGGUUUAUUAAACCCUCACUGCGUGUCAUGGAAUUCGGUUGCUCUUAAUCCAGGUCUUCCAAUGGAGGGAAAGGAAUUCCCAGCGUCCUUAAAACCCCCCGUGCACGCCAGAUGCGCAGAGUUUUAGGAAGGUUUUUUUUUCCUGCAGCCUCCGGGACGCUCGGGGGUCAGGUGGGAAGGCGGGAGGACCUGGGCGCGGCGGCGCCCGUGGCCGGCCGUGAAGCCGGAACCCCGGCCUCCGCCCAUUGGUUGGCGUUUGGACCCUUGCCGGGCACUCUGCAGCCCGCGUGGCCGCGCCCUCCCGGAACUGGCGGGGCGUCGCGGCGGUGCGAGCCAUGGAGGUCCUUCCCGCGAGCGGGACGCGGGACCCGCUGCGAGCCGAGGAGGAGGAGGAGGCGGCGGCGGCAGCGGGGCACCCGGCGGGCGAGGGCGACGAGGAGCCGCAGCCCCCCGGCCGCACGAGCCGCACGGCGUCCCUGGUGAGCGGGCUGCUCACCGAGCUCUACAGCUGCACCGAGGAGGAGGAGGUGGCGGCAGCCGGCGGGGACCGUGCGUCCCGGGGCCGCCCCCCGCGCCGCGACAGCCUGGAUAGCUCCACCGAGACCUCGGGUUCCGACGUCUUCCUGGGCGGCCGCGGCGUGGGCGACUCCCGGGUGCUGCAGGAGCUGCGGCAGCGGCCGAGCCUGCGGCUGCAGAUGCAGUACCUGCGGCGGAAAGACUCCAGUGAGCUGAAGACCAUCCUUCGAGAGCUGAAGUACAGGAUCGGCAUCCAGUCAGCGAAGUUACUCCGGCAGCUGAAGCAGAAAGACCGACUUCUGCAUAAGGUUCAGAAGAACUGCGACCUUGUGACAGCCUGCCUGCAGGCUGUGUCGCAGAAGAGAACGUGGCAGAGAGGGGCUCAGGUAUGGCAAACACAGGCGCGAGUGUUGUUCCCAUAAAAUGCCUGGGACAGUUUCUUGGGUGCAUGUCAGAGCUGCUUUUUCC